UAGUCCGUGUUAAAAUGCAGUUAUUUUGGGUGAUAUUCCUGUUUUACUUGAUGAUUUGCUUUGUAAAUGUUGCGUGUCUUGAACCAAUAACGACAUUUGGAGUAAUCACAGGAGGAUCAGCUGCCCUAGCAGCUCUUGGAUUUAACUACAACACUAUUAAGUUAAACACAUAUUGCCGGUGGUAUGAGUGUUGUACUCCAGAUUAUAUCCCGAUGAAUAUGAAGCAACUCAAGGAAGAACUCGAACAAACAAUCUUUGGUCAGCAUAUAGCAAUAGAUGUAGUCUCAAAAGCACUCAAUUAUCACUACAAGAACUUGGAGAAGUCCUCAAAGCCACUUGUGAUGAGUUUUCAGGGAACUUCAGGGAUAGGUAAGACUACUGUGUCGAAUGUGAUGAAGAGAGCCAUUUACAAGAAGGGCAUGGAUAGUAAGUUUGUGCACAAAUUCAAUGGGCGUGUGAGUUUUACCUUGGUAGACAGGGCCAAUGUGUACAAGGAGCAACUACUGAAGACCGUUAGGGAUGCAGUUAAAGAUUGUCCUCUGUCACUCUUUGUGUUCGAUGAGGUGGACAAAAUGCCUCCUGGAAUAUUGGAAGGUAUCACGUCUACGCUCGAUCAUGGUGAGUCAAAUGACAACAUUGACUUCACCAAGGCAGUUUUUAUCUUCAUCUCAAAUGCUGGUGGACUGGAGAUAUCACAGCACCUGGCUACUCUGAUGAGAAGGGGCGAGAGUCGAGAAGAUACCCAACUCCAUCACUUCGAAAAACUAACAGAGCUGAGCAUGUACAAUUCGAAUGGGGCGCUAGAGAAGAGUGGAACAAUUGAGAAUGCCCUCAUUGACCACUUCAUACCAUUUCUGCCACUUGAGCAGCGUCACGUGAAGAAGUGCAUUGAGCAGGAAUUCCAGCGAAUUGGUAUGCCCUAUCCGAGCAAGGAACGACUCGACGCAGUCCUCAAUAGUGUGACAUAUGAAAAGGAGAAUGAAUUCUUCGCCGUGCACGGAUGCAAGAAGCUGGAAAAGAAAGUUGGAUUGGUGGCAGCGAAUGACUAAAAAAAACCUUUCCUUCAAUUAAGUCGAAAUUGUGUAAAUAAAUGUUGAUUUUUUUGUAAUUAAUAUUUUUAUUAAAGUCCUGUACUUUAGUAAUUUUUUUUAUCAAUUAAAUUAAUUACAAGCA